AUGGUUGUAUCAGCACCAACAGAUCAGUUAAGUCAUGGUAUUGGGGUACAUCAUGCUGGUAUGGAUUCUCAAGAUCGUCAUUCGAUAGAAGAUUUAUUCAGACAGGGUAUAUUACCAAUAUUAGUUGCAACAUCAACAUUAGCUAUGGGAGUAAAUCUACCAGCACAUCUGGUAAUAUUGAAGUCUACAACGUUCUAUAGUAUGGGAUGUCCUACAGAAUAUCCUGAUACACAGAUACUACAGAUGAUAGGUAGAGCUGGGAGACCUCAGUUUGAUACAACAGCUACAGCAGUAAUUAUGACAAAAACUUCUUCAAAGGCAAAAUAUGAAUCUAUUGUUAAUGGAACUCAAACCAUAGAGAGCAGUUUACAUAAGAAUCUGAUAGAACAUCUGAAUGCUGAGGUUGUUCUACAUACAAUAACUGAUAUAGCUCUAGCUGUAGAAUGGAUUAGACACACAUUUCUCUAUGUUAGAAUCAUGAAAAAUCCCAGACAUUAUGGUGUACCACCAGGUGUUGACAAGAAACAGGUAGAGAAAAGGUUAGAAGAUUUAUGUCUAAAGAGUGUGAAUUCGUUAGCGGGGAUGAGUUUAGUUAAGAUGAAUGAUGAAACACUAGAAAUAGAAUCAACAGAAACUGGUAAAUUAAUGGCUAGAUAUUGUAUAGCUUUUGAAACAAUGAAGAAAUUUCAUAAUAUAACAGGAAAAGAGCAUAUUGAUGAACUGUUAACUUUAAUAACUGAUUGUGCUGAGUUUCAAGAUAUAACUUUACGUCAAACCGAGAAAACAACAUUAAAUACACUGAAUAAAGACAAGAUCAAGGAAAGUAUCAGAUAUCCUUUAAUUGGUAAAAUUAAAACAAAACAGAUGAAAAUCAACUGUCUUAUUCAAGCCUCAUUCUCCUGUCUCCCUAUUCACGAUUAUUCUCUCACUAAUGAUGUCACCAAAAUAUUCCGAGUUGGCGUUCGAGUUGUUAAAUGUUUAUUGGAGUUUUUAUGGCAGAGAAAGGACUAUAAAGUUCUUCUAUCAGCUAUACAACUGUCUAAAUGUUUUAAACAGAGACUCUGGGAAGAUUCAAAAUAUGUCACAAAACAACUUGACAAAAUAGGAACAACAAUUUCUCUGGCACUUGCCAAUGCAGGAUUAAUCAGUUUUCAUAAACUUGGUGAAACAAACCCCAGAGAAAUAGAACUGAUUGCCAACAGACAUCCACCAUUUGGUAAUCAGGUAAAAGAAGCUGUAUCUAGUUUACCUAAAUAUGAACUGGCUAUUGAACAGGUGAAGAAAUAUAAAGAGAGAACAGCUGAUCUGGUUAUCACCAUUAAUCUGAUCAAUAAGGAUAUAUUACAGUCUAAACCUAAUACAAAUCACCAGGCUUAUUUCCUUAUAGGUGAUACUGAUAAUAAUAUAGUCUUUAAAUGGAGAAUCCUUGAUUCUGUGUUGUUGAAAGACGAUGGUUGGAGAAGAAAGAUAGAUGUUAAAAGAAAUGAAAUGGGUCCAGAUUUAUUUGUACAUUUGUUAAGUCAAGAAUGGGGUAAAUUGGUUUCUUAG